UAGGUCCGCCAUUGAAGAGAAUCACACAAACCUCGUGUUCUAUCAAUCUUUUCUUUCAAUCAAAUUAGUGUCUCUCUCUCCCUCUGUUGCAAGGACAGCAGAGGGAUUGAAUUGCACCUAUGAAGUUUUUCUUCCCGGAGAUCGGUUCUUGUUUCAGUGGUUCACCCGCGGUGGAGACCAUCGCCGCCGCCGAAGUUCCGAGUCACCGGCGACGCAUGAGGCAACGUAACUCAACAAAGCACUGGACACCGGCGCUUACAGCGAUUGCGGAGGACGGUGUUGUCGUGAGAGAAGUUCGGAGGCAGAGUGGUCAGUCAACGGCUGGCUUCCGAUCGGAGAAAAAACAGUUGAUUAAAAGUAAAUUGGCGGGAAAAAGUCGAUCUGAUUCUUAUGGCUCUGAUUACAGGAAAUUGGAUCAUGGAAUGGCAAUCCCAGCUUUCUCUCCAACACCAUUUCUAUUUUGAUUAUGAUUAUUGGUCAAGUCAUAUCCAUUCUCGUUUUCCCCCUAAUUCUUGUAUAAUAUGAAAACUGUGUAUAAUUUUCUAUUUUAUUUUUAGUGAAAGCUUGGCCAAUCUAUUACCUUAAAAAUUAUCUUGAAUCCCUAUUUAGAUGAAUGAAUAAAUCUUUUUAUGUAA